AUGGCGGCGCGGGGCGGGCGGCGGGGCGGGCCCGGCGCCAUGGCGGAGCCGGCGCUGCUGAGGGAGUACGUGUCGCACCUGGCGGCCCGCGCGGCGCAGGGACAGCUCGCGGCCUGCGCCGACCCCGCGCUCAAGGCCCGGGCGCGGCGGCUGCUGGGCCCGGGGCGCCGCGGGGCCCUGGACGUGCGCGGCGUGGCCGAGCGCUGCCGGCGGGCGCGGGGCGGCCGCGCCCUGCGCGACCUGCUCAAGGCGCUGGAGCUGCUGGAGCUGCUCUGUGUCAACCUCCUGCUGUGCCCGUGGCGCCGGGAGAUCCGCUCCCUCAAGACCUUCACUGGGAAUUUUGUCUACUACAUCCAGCCCGUGCUCCCAGAGGACAUUGUGAAAGCAGUCCUGGAGAAAAUCGGCUAUGUUGCAACUACAGCAACAGAGUUUUCACUUGUCAAAAAGAGAAACAAUGAGGAAACCAAGCAGACUGCAUUUGAGAUAUUCCUGGCAAGAAUCGAGUGUGAGGCCAUCCUGGAGAUGGCAGAUGAAGGAGCACAUGGCAGUCUGGAGGAGAGGCUGCAGCAGGGAACACAAACACGGCAGCACGGAGGAGAGGAGGAGGAUGAGGAGCAUCACACGCCCCAGAGAGGGGACACUGGAAGUCUGGGAGAUGAAGGGAGCAGCGAGACACCUCUGUGCCUUGUCCCCCAGCAGAAGGGUUCAGUUCCCUGUGCUGCAUCCCGUGGAGCUGCUGGGGGUGUGAGGAUCCCAGGGGACGGGGCUCAGUCAGCAGCUGCUGCAUCCCCCAGCAGCCUCCAGCGGCCCCAGAGGCAAAGCACGGACACCCUGCCGGGGAAGGGCUGGGACAGCGAGGACUUCCUGAGCAGGUACAGUGACAUUGUCAUAGCACAGACACCCAUCUUCGGCGAGAGCCUGUCCCCCCGGGCUCGGGGGCUGGCUGAGGAGCGUGCCUCGGCACGGCCACCGGGGGCUCUGUCCCCGGGAGCCAGCGGGCCCCCAGCCUUUGCCAUGUUUGCUGACAGCGCCCGUGACAGCAAAGCCACCUUGGAGUUCGAAGCUCCAGGAGUCCCAGAAGGAUCAAUUGAAGCAGAAAUUAAUGAUGCCAUAAAUUGCAUAGACCCAGCCCCUGGUGAUGAGCCCUCUGAGCUGAAGUCUCUGCCCUACAAGGACUUUGCCCGAAACUGCGGCGUGCCCGGGGAAGAGGACAUUUGUGAGCUGUCUUUAACCUUCACAGAACUGCAGAUCAAGGAUGCUCAGGAAGAACUUAUGUAUCCAGUAGAGGAAAGUGGCCAGCCUGGGGCAGGGACAAGUGACAGGCACGUUAGAGAAUGCAGCUGCUCCCAAAUAAAACAUACAUACCUGCCUGAUGCUGACCUGCACAAGAGAGCAGCAUCACACGCUGAGCCACCUUCAGGUCUGUGCUGCACUGCUGGGCACACAGAGGAUGCCACUGCUGCUUCUGACAGCAAGAGACUGUUCAUGGAUCCUGCUAAGGGACACCCGGCUUCUGAGUGCUUCAGGCAGGUCAGAGAGCCCCCCUGCCUCACCUACAUCCCCCCCCAGAGCAUGGAUGGGCAGCCCUGCCAGGGGCAGCCUGCAGGGGCCUGUGCUGGAGGCAGGGCAGGGAGGCUGGAGCACAGCACUUGCCAGGAGACUGAGGGCCAGGAGCCCUAUGUCAUCAUCGACAGCACUGAGCAGGCAGUGCUGAGCCAGCACACCUGAGGCUGCCAUACCCUGGGACUGUCCCCUCACCUGUGGCCUGGAUCCCAUUGCAGGGAGAUGAUCUGCUCUGCCACAACAAUUCUGAAAAAACCCAAACCACAUCCCUGCCUUGGGAUAGUAAAUAGCAGGAGUUACACAAAUUCCCGAUGGUUCCUUUUGCAAGGAAACCUGAAUGGUCACCUUUUUAAAGGGUAGGCAAACUUCUAUACAUUUAAAUGCAUUUAAUUCAUCAGUCAGAUUCCUUCUGGCUGUUCUUAAUGCCAGACAGCUUUCUCCAGCUGGGCAUCCUGCUUCUCUUUUUUCCCUCACAGACCUAUUCCUGGAAUACUCUUCCAGCACGAGGUAAAUUCUGCUAAACUGGAAGAAGUUUAGAAAUGCCUUACUGGACUGUACUCCUUAACUCUGCAUUCCUUUGAAGCUGUGUCUGAGCUAAUCUUCCUCCUGACUUCAGCUGAAAACAGGUUUAGAAAGUUUGGUAAAACAUUCCUUUAGCUUUAAAGAGGGAAACAGCUCUGUGAACAAACACUUGGUUUUGUAGAGGCAUUGACCUGUGUUACAGAUUUUAUAUCUAACCAAUACAUAACCAUUUGUUACCAAAGUAUUUUGUGGCCACCACCACAAUUUCCAGGAGAAGCCUUGAGCACUGGAACUGUUCACUGCCACCAGCAGAGAGAGGUCCAGCUACAGCUCCCAUUUCCCUUGCCCCUGCUCCUGACAUUUAAUUCUGCACAGAAUUUUUCUGCAGACUGGUUCAUCUCACUGAAAUGAAGAGGGAAAAAAAUCUCAUUCUUCACCAUUUUAAUGGCAGGAAAAAAAAAUCUGCUCAGAGAUGAUCCCAGUGAGCAGCAGAGGCAGGACCAGGGAUGUCCUGCAGGUGGGAGUGCUGUGUGGAAAGCUCAGGAUGUUGGACCAGCUGGAAGCUGGGAUCCCAGCACUGAGAGCCUGUCUCACACAGCUCUGAACUCCUUCAGGAGAGCACAUUGCUGCUGUGCUUGGGCACAGUCUGCAGUGCUAUUGGUACAAAUUCCUGCAAGGGCUGUCAGAGCCUGGUGCCCAGCAGCAGGACAAAGAGCAAUGGCCAUAAGCUAAACCACAGAAAAAUUCACCCCAACAUGAGGAAGAAUUUGGUUUCCUGGAGGGGGCAGAGCCCUGGAGCUGAUGCCCAGGGAGGCUGUGGAAUCUCCCUCUCUGGGACAUUCCAAACCUACCUGGACAUGUUCCUGUGUCACCUGGGCAGGGCUUGGACUGGGUGACCUCCAGAGCUCCCUUCCAACCCUAAAAAUUCUGGGAUUCUAUGAUGCACUUGUUACCUAGAAAAACACUUCAAUGCUGCUUCAGGUAGCCUUUUCAGUAGCACUGAAAUGUGUGCUGGCUUGGGCUGGGGUAGAGUUAAUUUUCUUCACAGUGGCUAAUAUGGAGCUCAGUUCUAAAUGCUAGAAAAUGCCUUUCAUGUACAGUUAAAAUAUUAGCUGAAACUACUUUUGCAUUAAUUGUUUAUAAUUGACUUUCAUCCCAGAAAAAAAACAGAGGAGCACACAUGGAUUAGACUAGAAAAACCUCAGGAACUAAAACAUAAAGAUUUGCUUUUUGAAGAACUAAUGGUUGAAAUUCUGUCACCCCCUGAUUCCAGCAGUGUAGGAGAAACAGAAUUUGCUCAAGGCAACACCAGGGGACAGGACAGAGCCCUCAGCUCUGGGUGUGGUGUGAGAAAUGAGUGUUAGGAACAAAGAGCAUUCACAGGGCUGUGUCUGACAAGUAACAGUGCCAUCCUUUGGGUGUAAGAUUCUCUGUACUAAACCAUAAAGUGACAUUUUCUGUGCUCUGCAAAAUGUAUGUCUAUAGUGAAAUUAGAAUUAAGAACAAACUGCAGGUGACUGAACUUCGAACAUAUAGAACCAUUUCCAAAGAAAUUGUUCUUUUGGACUCUCAGAGAAGUAAAAGUUUUGAAAGUUUAACAGAAGAAUAGCUCAUAUCCCCCUACAAUGAAGCUGCAAGAAGUAAGAGAAUUAUUUAGCAUACAAAAUGUUACUUUUAAGCUGGAAUUUUAAAGGUUUACAACAGAGCAGUAGAGUGGCAUUCCUGGGAUCACAAGCUUUAGUACCAGCUUAGUACUUCACUAGGAAAUGCUCUCUCUGUGCAUUUAUUAAGUUGCAUUUAAAACUUUUAUUAUUUAGAAAAGAAGCAGCUGAUCAUGUGGGGAUUACAGGACAGGAGCUGCAGUUCCUGGCUGGGUGUGGUUCUUCCAGUGCAAUGGGUUUUAGGCAAACCACAGCCCUACAGAAGCAGCACCAUCAGAUAUUGUUGAAAAGCCACAUAACUGAAUGUUUCUAUCCUGCACAAAGUGCCUGACAAAUGUCUGUACAAAGUGAUCAGAGUGCUGUUAAAGCCUUGCUUGUUGCAUCUAAACCAACCAAAACCAGUAGGGGAAAACACAUUCUGUACUUGUGGGAUCAUUCCCUAAAACUGCCCAGGAGAUCCUUGUGAGAGCAGUGUGUGUGCUGCAGGGAGAGGAUUCCCCUGAGGGCAGCACCCACAGGGUAAAGCACAAGUGAAGGGCAACUCAGCACUUGGACAGGGCCAAGGAUGAAACCCCCACUGCUUUUCUCUACUCUCCAAGUACUUACAGGUCAUAAUAAACUGAUCAUGGCAUAAACCCCCAAAAAACUGUGUUUUUCGUUAUAAAAAGAAGUAAAAUCAAAGAAUGCAAACCAGUUAAGAAACCAAUUAAUUCUAGGAUGUUUUUAGAACCAUUUGAAAAGAAUAACAAACAGUCCCAUGCACCCUGUAUUUUCACUGUUCCUCAGUUCAGCCAGAGCAGGGCUGGGAUUCUCAUGAACACAAGUGAAAUAGGCUCUCUAUAAAAGCCAGCUGAAAAAAACCCCUCAGGGCCAUUCUGCAAUCACUUACAAAAUUUUUUUUUUGCACUGAAUUCAGUGGGACUACCAGUGCACAGCUCUCUUCAGAACUAAGCUAUAUUGUAAUGUCCUGUAGAGCAGAAAGAACUUCCUGAAUUCAAUGAAGUUGCAUUCAUGUGGGCAGGAUUAGAGCAAAACCUUUCAAACUGGCAAGAUCUGCCUAACAAAGCUACUUUGACUAGAUGCACUUCAUUUGCUGCCUCCAAUAAUAAAAUAAUGAACAU